UUUGUUUUCACAGUAAUCGCAAUAUUUUUUUUGUGGGUGCUUUGUGUGGAUUUGUGUGUAUUACGUCGAAUUGAGAAACUGAAUUUAUUUUUACUUUUAUUUACCUUGAUUCAAAGAGUUUUAUUUUCGUACUCAAACAAAGUUACUGAUAACAACCUGCAAUUUGCGACGCCAGACAUUAGAAACAAUAUACAAACGCACAAAGAAAAAACAAGAAAUUGAAUAGAAGAAACGAAGUUCAGGGGCACACAAGCCUAUUUUGGAAACAUUGUCAGAGUACAAUUUGAAGUUUGUCAUUAUUGAGAUCCUUAAAAACUAGUGAUUAGUCUUUAAAUUUCUUUUGUGUUGUCGCUACUCGGCCCAAAGAAAUAAGACAUCACUAAUAUUCCGUACUGAACGUUCAAACCCUUGCGGUCAUAAAAUGUUGGACUUGGAAAUUGUUCCUGAGUUAUCACUGGGAUGUGAUGCUUGGGAGUUCGUUUUGGGAAUGCAUUUUUCGCAAGCCAUAGCAAUAAUACAAUCGCAAGUGGGAAUUAUUAAAGGCGUACAAGUACUUUACUCCGAUACAAAUCCAUUGGGUGUGGAUAUUAUAAUAAACUUACCUCAAGAUGGUGUUCGUUUGAUUUUUGAUCCAAUAGUUCAACGUUUGAAAACCAUUGAAGUAUUUAAUAUGAAGUUGGUAAAGCUGAAGUAUGGUGGGGUACACUUCAAUUCCCCCGAAGUUUUGCCUUCAAUUGAACAAAUUGAACAUUCUUUUGGGGCUACCCAUCCUGGUGUAUACGACGCGGCAAAACAAUUGUUUGCUCUACACUUUCGUGGAUUGAGUUUCUUUUUUCCAGUUGACAGUAAAUUGCAAGAGGGAUACGCACAUGGCUUGGGAUCAUUGAUUUUCUUAAGUGGAGCAUCGCCAGUUGUAUCAAAAAUGUCGCUCUACUCUGGUAGUAAUGUUUCGGAGACACGCGCUCCAGCGCUUCCACUCUCCUGUUACCAUCGACAGAUAUAUUUGGAUUCAGCUAAAGUCUUACGUUCUACAAAUGGUUAUACUAAAGGUCUGAAAUUAAAAUUGUAUACGGAGGGAUCUAGUCGCGCAUUGGAACAUCGUCGUCAAUGUUUCACAAGAGAAGUACUCUUUGGAGACAGCUGUCAGGAUGUAUCUAUGAAACUUGGUGCACCGAAUCGUAUAUUUUUUAAAAGUGAAGAUAAAAUGAAAAUACACUCGUCAAGUGUAAACCGCCAGGCGCAGAGUAAACGGAGUGAUACUUUCUUCAAUUAUUUCACACUUGGCAUAGAUGUGUUGUUUGAUGCUCGUACACAAACUUGCAAAAAGUUUGUCUUGCACACAAAUUACCCAGGUCAUUUCAACUUCAAUAUGUACCAUCGAUGUGAAUUUAAAUUCAAUUUGAAAAGUGAAAAUGAGCAUGAUUGUAAUUAUGAAAAAAAGAUCUCCGAGGACAUUGAAAUUACUGCAUAUGCUAAGUGGGACGAGAUUAGUGCGGUAGUGCCGUCAGCUCGUCCUGUGGUUCUCCAUCGCGCUAGCUCAACAAACACUGCCAAUCCCUUCGGUGCAACAUUUUGCUACGGUUAUCAGGAUAUAAUAUUCGAGGUUAUGACAAAUAAUCACAUCGCCUCAAUAACAUUGUACAGUACGAUUCCACCAUUAAAACAAACUGAGCAGUCUUACCAGGAGCACAAAUUGCAGGAUAUAAGUUUAUCAGUUGCGUGAAAAGACACAAAAAACACAGACAAACUGAUGUGUAAUGCAGUAAAAGUUCAACCGACUCGUGAAUAUUUUUAAUUAAAAUAUUUUUUUAAUACUAAGAUUAUAAAAGAAAAGUAGAAGCUUAAGUUAAUGAAAAUUGAACCAUGACUCUAUUUGCAUUACAUAUAAAGGCGACAUUAAGGCGAAAGAGAAAUGCAAUAAACCCAACACUAUAAUCCUCCAAUAAAUUCACAAAUAAUUUAUGUAGUCCAAUUUUCUACUAACAUGACAUCUAAUUACAA